CACCUCACUACACAUCCACCACCUCAAGCAGUCUUCCACCGGAAGUUUCGCCCUCCCAGAAUACUCCGGAGAUUUCCUAAUCCCCAGACUCACCUAAUCAAUACCCUCCACCCUCCCUCCCACCCCAUCAGCAAAAAGCAACACCACAAACAAACCACCCCAAACCCACACGAAACCCAGCUCCAGACCCAGCUCCUCCAAACCACACAACCCACAUAACCACAACCAAAACCAACAACCAACAUGUCCUCCCCCGAAGAAUCCCCCGCCCAACGAGCCGCCCGACUCCGUCGUGAACGCCGCGAAGCCAAAAUCAAAGGCGACGGGGCAGCGCGACUCGACAAGAUCACCAGUCUGAGUGGUCGGACGCCGGCAAGUCUCCGUGAAGAAACCUCGCCUUCUCCGUCCCCGACCCCACAACCACCGGUCACUGCAUCUUCCCCGGCGCCCGAACCCCGGGCUACGAUGGCAUCGGCACAGGCACAGGCACCGGCACCCCAGCCGGCUUUCCUGGACUAUCAGCAGCAACAGCAACAGCAACAGCAAACCCCCGAAUCCCUCCAAGCGCAACAGGAACUCUUCCGGGCUUUACUCCGCCAGUCCGCCCCGCCCCAGGGCACCACGGAGGGGCCGGUGGGAGCGGCGGAGGAAGACCCGACCAUGAAGCUCCUGUCCAGUCUGAUGAAUGGGGAGGCCGGUAAUCUCAAUGAGGGCGCUCUACCCGGGGGCCAGUCCCCAGCGGACUUGUUGACGGGGCUGGGGGUUCCGCCGUUUGUAGCGAGCAUGUUGGGAGAGGCUACGCGACAGAAGACGGACGCGGAGAAGAGAGAGAUUCUCGUGUGGAAGGUGCUGCAUGUGGUCUUUUCUGUGCUUAUUGGGGUGUACCUGUUGGUUCUGUUUGGAUCGUCGGUCGCGACGUAUGGGACUCAGCCGCCCCCGCCGGCGACGGCGCGGAAUCCGUUCUUGUUCUUUACCACGGGGGAGUUGGUGCUUAGCGGGGCGAGGAUCGUGAUGAAGGGUGGGAAGGGCGGGUUGGGCAUGUGGUUGCAACUGGCCAAGGAUAUCUCGAGGGAUGGCAGUCUAGUGCUAUUCUUGUUCGGAAUGGCAAACUGGUGGCAUCGGGAGUGGAUGGCAUACUAGGGGGGAACGAUAAGAUGACUUCAGGGGUGAAUUCCUUUUGCCGGGGUUGUUUAUUUGUUACGGCAUGGUGUGCGUAUUUUCUGCACUUACGAAUACAUUCUGCGCCCUUGAACGUUCAGCCGUUGGAGUUCCGAUGCCUGUUGCAUGCUGGGGUGUGAGCUACCACCCGCUAAGUGGAAGUAGGUCAACGGUGCAGCUCCCACGUGCGUGCUGGUACUUGUACUAUGUAGGACGGACGGAUGCAUGGACCGCAGCCCAGCCCUUCCAAGGCAAUCACAAGCUU